GGGUUAGGGUGGGGAGAGAGAUUGAUUUGCAAAGAUCUGUUGAGAUAUUUGUCAGUGAGGUUAGGAGGAGGUUUUGGGGGGGAAAUGUGCUGAGCUCAGGAGCUGUCCUUGAUGCUAAAGCAAUGCUCCACUCGACUAGAUCUUAAAAGCAGCCAAACACAACCCAACAACAGCCCAGAGAUAAACGGGGGUGCGAGGAGGAGGAGGAGGAGAGAGAGAGAGAGGGAGGGGGAGAGGAGAGGGGGAAAAAAAGGUACCAUGCAAUGCAAACGCGCUGUGCAUUCUUAUGUCAUUGAAGCCGGAGUCGCUAUUCCUCAGUGUGCAAACGAGAUGUGAAAUAGUAGUAAAACCCACUGUCCAAUCGCGAACACAAGCUGAUCAGGAACAGACGUGGGGGGGGGGACAAGGAUUUAUUUAAGCCUUUCUGAGAGCGAUCUGGUAAAGAAGAGCUGAGAAAAUGCCUGAACAGAGCAAUGAUUACAAUGUGGUGGUGUUUGGGGCUGGGGGUGUUGGGAAAAGCUCCCUGGUGCUACGUUUUGUCAAAGGGACAUUUCACGAGACCUACAUUCCCACCAUCGAAGACACCUACAGGCAGGUGAUCAGCUGUGACAAGAGUGUCUGCACCCUUCAGAUCACUGACACCACUGGCUCCCAUCAGUUUCCAGCCAUGCAGCGCCUGUCUAUCUCUAAAGGCCAUGCCUUUAUCUUGGUCUAUUCUAUCUGCAGUAGGCAAUCUCUGGAGGAGCUGAAACCCAUCUACCAGCAGAUCCUCCAGAUCAAAGGCAGUAUUGACAAUAUCCCGGUCAUGUUGGUGGGAAACAAGUGUGAUGAAACAGUCAAGGAAGUGGAUUCAAAGGAAGGGGAGGCUCUGGCCAAGGAGUGGAAAUGCGCCUUCAUGGAGACUUCGGCCAAGUUGAACCACAAUGUCAAGGAGCUCUUCCAGGAGCUGCUGAACUUGGAAAAGCACCGGUCAAUGAGCCUGAACAUCGGUGGCAAAAAAUCCAAGCAGCAGAAGAGAACCGAGAAGUUGAAGGGAAAAUGUAACCUGAUGUAGAUCAGUCUCCAGUGGAGUAGCUUCGCUCAGUAAGGCUAUGAAACUGACUGUGUGGAAGCAACACCAGGCUCUUCCUUCUCUGAUCCUACUCCUCCAUCCCCUGUCAGCCUGCCUGAGAGAGAUCUAUACCACACGAUUUAAUUGGUUUUACGCAUUGCACUUUCUCGUUAUUUACCGUUAUGGCAAUAAAAUUCUUCAAAGCUCAGCACAUAUAGAAACAAUAGUCAGAGACAAAAGUAAUUGACUCAGUCCCAAGAAGAUGCAUGUUAUCUGGUCUAUAUUGGUAUUAUACCUCCCUCUUCUCUGUGACCAUAAACUUCUGAACACCCAUUCUCCCACCCACCCCUCCCCCUUGUCUCCUUGCACAUGCCAGAAUGUUGGCGACAAGGAAAAAUGCUAGUAGUUAGGAUUAAUUCACGUAUAUUUGGCCUUCCCCCAUGUUCCCUUCAUCAUAAUGUCCAUUUCCUAAAUGUGUUAGCUUUUUAAAUGUUGCCGUUGUAAAAAGGACAUUCCUAGUAAUAUCAUUAGUGUACGUGGCUUCCAAUUGAAGUUUCCUACCUGUAUCUCUGUAAAUAAUCAAUCUACUCACCACUUAUAUAAACCUUUGUUACUGUGAUAAUGGGAUGUCCCCAUGCCAGGAUAGGUGGGGACAUUGAAACUAGAAGCACAAAGACUUUGAGUAGUUGGGCACAAGGAAACUUUGCACCUUGGGCCUGUGUAAAACGUGGUGCAAAUGCCUAAACAGGGGACAAGGAGGCAUUCCCCAUUUCCCCAUGCAAUCAGUAAUAUACACUGUAUUUGGUUUGACUUCCACCUCCGAUCCUCCCACCCUGCCUCUCUCCCCCCCCUCUCCCCGCAUCCCUCCCUAGAACUUUAUAUACAGAACAAAAACACUUGUCUGCUCAGGGUCUAAGCUGGGGGGGAGGGGGGAGUGUGCUCUUAGUGCAGGUCAAGGUUAUCAAACAGGUUACUGUCCAUUGCACAAUUUGGUUGAGUUAUAAAGAAGGAUUGAAAGUUUGCAGGAGGAGCAUUGGACUGGGGGUGAGAUGUAAAAAAACAGAUGUAGCAUUAAUGUUGUGUCAAUUGUGUUUUUUUUUAAAUGAGACUGUUCACUGUAAGAUAUGGAUAUCCUCAUCACUACCAACCUGUGCUGAGGAAGAGCCAAAUUGGAGUGCAAGAGAACAGCUGGACUUUGGCAUCUUAAGCUGUGGUCCGUUGUGGCAAGGCUGGCUCUUCUGGUAAACGUCGCUGACUCUUCAGCAUCUUAAGCAAUACUAACAGCUGACUCAGGAUGUCCAGAUGUCUGAUUACGUUCCACACAAGGUGAUCUUAUAACCAAUCCUAUUGGGGUUCAUGUUGAAUGACGAUUGCAUCCAUCAUUGACUUUCCUUUUCGGAUAUGUGGAGGAAAACCAGUUUGAUCUUGUCUUGCAUCUGAUGCCAGUUGUCGGGUUGCCUCUUGAGAAUUGUGCCCACAAAGUGAGGCCAUGUGAAGCCAUCUUCUGAAUCGGAAGGAUUUCUCACUCUCCACAAGUCAACAAAGUGAUCAGAGUGUAUAAUUCAAGGUCAUUUUCGAUGAGUCGUCAAAUAAUGGCCAUUGUGAACUGCGGUUUGUUGAGAUCGCCCCAAACGCACCAUAAAAAUCUCGGAAUAGUCCAUUUCUCUAAAAGUUUAGGCUCAGUCAGCCGAGAUCUAGAUUUGGAAAUCUUCCUUCCAGAAUUCGGUUACCAGAAUCGAACAUGACUUACUUCCUAAUUUCAAUAUUAGCUUCCUGGUUCCUCCAAAAUCUUUAUGAUUCACUGCCUGUUCUUCGUAGGGCCUCACUACUGUCUCCAUCUUGUUAGGAGUAGAACUUCAAUGCUCAGCUGCCUGGCUUCUGUCAUCCGCUUGCUAAAGGGUGAAUACCCACCCCCUUUCCCUCCAACACCUCCUUGUUAAAUACGUCCACAGAAUCCGUCUAUUAAAUAUACCCGCAACGCUCCCCUGUUGGGUAACCACUGGACAGUGUGAGAGAAUUCACACAAGUCUUCAGUCCGAGUGAACAAGGCGUCUUGUUGCAGUCUGAAAGACAAUGGUAGUGGUGUCCACAAGGAUUGAACAAAACAUCGUCAGACACUGUAAGCCUCGAUCAGAGCCGCUGAACAGCUGCAUGUGGAAUUGGAAUGCCAGAGAGAAAUUCACAGAGCAUCCCCAUGUGUGAAGUAUACCCAUUUCCAUCGAGGUUAACACAUCAACUCAGCCCUGUACAGGACACCUUUCAAUCAUGAAGUGUAUUAACUCCAGCAUGACGAGGAUACUCAAGGUACCGCCUGCUCCCUCCGAGAAGCUAGAAUUACACAUGAUAAUAUUUUUAUGAAAUUUAAGAUUUAUUGUAGAACAUAGUCUUCCUCCGACACAUGAACUGGUGCCAUGUCUCCUCUGAACUAUGUCCUGCUGAAUAGUUUUCUAAUAAAAUGAGGGAAAUGUA